UGCAAAUCGGGACAAGUGGUUUCAAUGAAACUCACUCUCCAAGUAGCUCUCUCUCACAUCCUUCUCUUCCUACAUUCAAGACCAUACGCGGCCUUGCAAGGGCGUGUUAAGACCAGCGCUUGAUAUCUGUCAGGUCCGAUAUCUGGUCCGGUAAACUGAAUUCCAGAAAUCCCUGAAUUCCUCAUUCUAGAACAACUGGGAUUUUUAGCAGCCAGGGUCUUCUCGCGAUUUCAAACGUUGAUUACAGUCCACAACGGCGCUCGUAUCCUCCAACGUCCUUGACUUUGCCCCAUCUCCAUGAUCACAUCCUUCCCUGCACCUGUCCUCUCUGUCACGCCUGAUGCAGUGAAAGAUCUUCAAGGGCAAGAUGCCCUCUCAGCUCUCUGGACUAUUUUCACGAAGUGCAAGGAGUCACUUCAGGAUGGUCGGAGACUUGAGAAUAUCUCUUGGAGGCUAUGGCACCGUGAGCUCAUUCUGUCUCAGCAGUCAUACCUACCUCCUACACCGGAUUCCAUCUCGAACCUCACAGUAUCGUCCGAUACCCGCAAUUCGUUCUUCCCCCUUACCGACCCUGUCGAGGUAGUCCAGCCUUUAGGCACACCCCCUUGCCCGCAUUCGACAUCUACAUAUCAACAUCCUCCAUCCCCUGCAUCCACAACGAGCCCUGUUGUUCCUGAGCGCCUGUGCAUACCCCAAAUCUCAUCAGGCACCCCCGUAGCACCGCCUCUCAGCACUUCCUUCCGCCCCAAAUCUUCUUCGUUCGUUGGCCGAAUAAUAAUAGACAUGUUGCCAAAUAAUGUUCUUAUACCCGACAAGACGCCAUCGCCGUGCUCGCUUCAACAACCUCCCGUCCCCUCCGUUCAGCUUCCCUCAACGCCUACCUCUACAGAAGCUUACUUUCCGCGUGUUGUCGUCGUCAACCCCACACCCCAACCUACUCCACCGAUGACGCCCUCCCUCAGUGAAGAACGGACUAGUGCCUCACAGCCACCAUCAACGUUCCUUCUACCGCCGCUUCCCCCACCUACACUAAUCAUGAAACGUCAAGCUCAGGCGGAACAGCCGCUCCCGCAGUCAACCCCACCAGAUGGACUUUUACCAUCCCUGGCCCCGGUCCGAGGCGCCGAGUCCUCGAAGGUCUCUGGAAGGUUUUUCUUACAACAGAGCCCUGAAGAUGCAUCCCCGGAACGCGACGGCUCAACGGAGAGCGGAAAGAGCCGCGUUGACUUGUUCGAUGCGUCGAGCGUGGCCUCCAGUCAGAUGCACAGCACUGAUAUUGAGAAAGAAGUCACGAAAGAGCUGAAAGAGAAAGAUCGUGCCAGUACUAGGCCAAAGAAGGGCAAGGAAUUAGGGAGAUCGUCUGCCCGGCCGGCUUUGGCAAAACGGACCUACUCCGCAAGGCACAUCGGGCCUUCGAUUCAGCGCAAGCAUUCGAAUCAGGAUAGUAAACCGCGUGCGAUGUUUAAUAUUGGUUCGAACUCGUCGAAUGGGUCCAAGUCUGCUCAAGGGAGCUCGGUUAAGCUCACUCCUCCUCCCCCGCCUCCACCUGCCCCUGUGGUUAAUGGAUUGGGCGCUGCGAUUAACGGUAUGGCGGCUAUAAAUGUAAAGCCUGCGCGGCCGGUCGUGGCUCCUCCUUCUACUGCGAGUGGUAACACUGUAGUCAACGGAAAUGCCAACGGCGUUGGCAAUACUGCUUGCAACGGCACGGGUCCCCAACAGCGGAAGACCAUCCUGAGGAAAACUGGACUACGCGGGGCUGCACUGGAGGCGCAGCGCCAACGUGACCUCUUUGCAAAGGUUCCCAAACGUUCGUACUCCAAUCUCGAUCGCACACAGUCGGGAUUACUUUCUCAACUCAUGAACCCCAACCCUACGAUAUUUCCGUCGAAUCAUCCGUAUCGCUUGAGUCAAUCAACCGCGGAUCUUGUGCGGAUGCAACGGCAAGCACAGCGUCAAGCUGAGCAGGCGCAUGCUCCACAAAGGAGUGUUAGUGGGUUUGCGGGGCCUGCAAGGCUGCAGACAAGUAAAAGUUCGGCGGCGUUACCUCUGGCUGCACAAAUCACUGCCGUGUCGAGCUCGAAGCCCCCAUCGUCUGGAAUGAAGGGGACAGAGAACGAGAAAGGGGGGUAUAGGCCAAAGGGACGCCCGAAGGAGGAAGAGAUGGAAGAUGAGAGUGGUGAAGACGAGGACGACGAUGACGAGGACGAUAAGAUCCAGGUAUCGCGGAGUGUAGCACAGCAGAGGCUUCAAGCGCUAAUGUCGCGGCGCCCACCGGAAAACGGGAAUGCAUCGCAAGUGACUCCACAUACACAUAUAUGUGUGGUGGAGAAUCAUAUCGCUCCUGCUGCACAAUCCACGGCACCUAUACCCCUCGGUCAUCCAUAUAACCUUCCCGCUCCCGCGCUACCCAUGACGCCGCGCACAACCCGGCGAAUAAUGCUUCGCACUGAGCUGUCAGAGAGCAUGCGGAGGCAACUAUUGUGGGAGCGGCAGGUAAGCAGUACUACCAACCCAGCUGCAAACGCGAGACGUACGAACAAUGGCGUACUCGGUGGGUUGCGACCGCUUGCUUCGACGACUUCGGUCGGGGAGAAUCCUAGCGCUACUAAGAGUGCCGAGGCUCAGGAUAGGGAUGAGCGCAGGCAACGCGCAAUGGCUCGAAAUCGAAGUUGGGCGGAUGACUACCACUACUCAGGGUGGUAA